GUUCAAGUUCAAUGAACUAGUAUACUUCUUUUUUCUUCUUCUUUUUUUUUUUUUUUAAAUCUAUAUUAUAGAGAAGUAUUGUAUAUUCAAGAAGAGAAAAUAUUGUAGAUUUGAGCAAUCAGAAGAAUAGAAACAUAAAAACAAAAUGGAAGAGGGUGGAAGAAGUGUUGGAGAAGAGAAGAAGAAAAAAGUGAUGGUGGCUAUUGAUGAAAGUGAAUGCAGUUUCUAUGCAUUAGAAUGGGCCCUCGAAAAUCUCUACCAAUCUUUGUUGAAUGCUAAAGUUGUGUUAUUCACGGCCCAGCCCAUUGCUGAUUAUGGCUAUAUGAAUAUCUAUGCAGAAUCUUUUGCUAUUGCCUCUCCGCCAGAACUAAGGGCAAGUCUAGAAGAAAAUCAAAGGAAAGUAGCCAAUGCUCUCCUCCAGAAAGCUAAGGAUCUCUGCGCUCAACAUACGAUAGUUGCUGAAACAGCGACACAAGUAGGAGAUCCAAAGGGAUCAAUUUGUGAAGUAGCUGAGAAGCUCCAUAUCAAUUUGCUUGUGUUAGGUAGCCAUAACAAGGGUGCCAUACAAAGGGCAUUUCUUGGAAGUGUUAGCAACUAUUGUGUUCACAAUGCCAAGUGUCCCGUUCUUGUUGUGAGGAAAAUGCCAUGAAGAAAGAGAAGUCGGUUGUACAUUUGUUUUCAUGUUUAUCCUCUCUUAUGUAAAUAUAAUAUUUAUCUUUUGCGGUUGUAUUGUAUGAUUUGUAUUAAACAACGUGUUUAAGUUAUAUGCAUACUGAGUUAUUUAUGA